AUGAAUUCUUAUCCUGGUAGUUCAUCUUAUUUAUCAUCGUCUUCUUCAGAUGAUGACUAUUAUGAUGAUAUAGAAAUGCAAGUAGUAGGUCAAAUUACUGCAAACAACAAUUUUUGCGUUGCUCAACACCAAAAAAACAAAGGCUCACGUCGAGGAUUGAUUCCUGGUCAUAUAGUUAUCCACCGUGACCAGGAAAGUGUUGAUCGCAAUCUCUUCAAUGACUAUUUUGCAGAGAAUCCUCGAUUUACCGAUUUGAUGUUUCGCCGAAGAUUUCGAAUGGGUCGUCCUUUAUUCCUUCAUAUUUUGGAUGCUAUACAAAGACAUGACAAUUACUUCAUCCAGCGAAGGGAUGGAAUGGGUAAACUCGGGUUAUUAGGUUUGCAAAAAGUAACAGUUGUAUUUCGAAUGUUGGCGUAUGGUGUACCAGCAGAUGCUACCGAUGAAUACAUCAAAAUAGGAGAAUCUACAACUAUAGAAAGCUUGAAGCGAUUUUUUCGUGCUGUUGUCAAGGUGUUUGGAGCCCGCUUUCUCUGA